UGCGGAGGACACAGAUGUCUACCUGAGAUUCGAAUCGCGCUAUCCAGGCAAAUACACCUUUGAAAAACAUUUUUUUUAUAUCUCGACACUGGAUGAACUUCAGCACGUCAAAUAUGCAUUCAAUGUCUGUCUUUUAAUAGUACAGAGGAGCUCCACAUAGCAAUAUAUUGAAAAUGAAUCUUCAUUUUCGAUUUCUUUUACUUUUUUUCACUUCACUGGUGAAAACCGAUAUUUUGCACAUUUGCCCAUCAUCUUGCGACUGCACCAAAUGGAGCAUUACACAUACAGUGUCAUGCUUCGACAAUGAUGUCUUGCCUGCAUUCCACCCCAGCACCAAACAGUUGUGGCUUGUGGGGACAAGACUAACCUCCAUACCUCAGGAUGCCUUCGCGAACUUGGUAAACAUCUCCCACAUUUACAUCUCAGAUGAUGAAAAUCUGAGCAGACUGGAGAGGCACUCUUUUCACAACCUACCCAAAUCCAUCCACAUAGAAAUAAGGAGUAUCAGAAGCCUGUCAUAUAUUGACCCAGAGGCUUUCAAGGAUCUUCCGAACUUAAAGUACCUGGGGAUCUUCAACACUGGCCUGGUGACCUUUCCUGCCCUGGGCCAGAUCCACUCUAUGAGCGACGAAUUCAUCCUGGAAAUAGUAGACAACCUCUUCAUCAAAGUCAUACCUGCCAACUCAUUCAAUGGGAUCUCAGAGACUGAAAUCAACUUGAGUCUGAACAGCAAUGGCCUGACGGACAUCCAACCCUACGCUUUCAAUGGAACCAGACUGGAUGAAGUGUUCCUGAAUAAGAACUUGGCUCUGGUACGUUUAGAUGAGAGGACAUUUUUUGGCGUGAUCAGCGGGCCAAGUCUUUUAGACAUUUCUGAGUCCAGAGUGAGCUCCUUACCCACCAUGGGACUGGAGGCCGUUGAAAAACUGAGGGCUAAAAACACUUGGUCCCUCAAGAAACUACCUCCACUGAGGGCCUUCCAGCAUCUACAGAGCGCUGAGCUCACCUACCCUAGUCAUUGCUGUGGGCUGAGCAAACUGAAGAGGAAAAGAGGACACGUCGAGUCGGUCAUCUGCAACCUGACCCGCUCUGCCAGACGUCAGCGAUCCAAGAGGUCUUCUGGGACCACCCAUGAGGCCUACGAGUGGCUCAGCCCCUCCCCCCUUGACUCCGACGCCACCGGCAGCAGGUUCUACCCCCGUGACAACCAGUACUACUCCGAUAGUUACAGUUGUUCCCCAUCAGGCAAGUGCUUUAGUGAUGCCCUUUACAUAGUGUUCCCCACGGAAGGCCCAGAAGAAGGUUUCGACUACACCCUGUGUGACGAUGACCUGGAGGACCAGAGUGUUCCCUGCACCCCUCUACCUGACGCUUUCAACCCCUGCGAAGAUGUGAUGAGCCUGGGGUUCCUGCGGGUGUCUGUCUGGCUGGUCAGCCUUUUAGCAGUCCUAGCUAACCUCCUGGUCCUAUUCAUCAUGCUGACCAGUCAUUUCAAACUGACCAUUACUCGCUUCCUCCUGUGCAAUCUGGCCUUGGCGGACUUCUGCAUGGGCACCUACCUUCUGCUCAUCGCAUCCGUGGACCUCCAUACGCGCUCCCAGUACCACCUCUACGCCAUCGACUGGCAGACUGGCACCGGGUGUCAACUGGCUGGGGCGCUCACAGUGUUCGCCUGCGAGCUGUCAGUGUACACGCUGACCGCCAUUACUCUCCAGCGCUGGCAUGCCAUCACGGUUGCUAUGAGGCCCGAAAGGAAAUUGCGACUACGCCACGUGGCCGUGCUAAUGCUAGGCGGUUGGUUGCUGUGCUUGGUGCUAGCCAUACUACCACUAGCUGGUGUUAGCAGCUACCAAAGGGUUAGCAUCUGUCUGCCCAUGGACACAGACUCGACCGCCGCAACAGUCUACGUGGUAACCCUGCUGGUGCUGAAUAUACUGGCAUUUGUGGUGGUGUGCAUGUGCUAUGUGCACAUCUAUUGCAUGGUGCACAACCCGCAGCACCUUUCCAGCCAAGGGGACGCCAGCAUGGCGAAGCGCAUGGCUGUGCUCAUCUUCACCAACUUCCUGUGUCUGGGUCCCAUCUCCUUCUUUGGCCUUUCCGCUGUGCUGCACCGCCCACUCAUCACCGUCACCGACUCCAAGGUACUUCUGGUGUUGUUUUACCCGUUGAACUCAUGUGCCAACCCAUUCCUGUAUGGCAUCCUGACGCGGGCCUUCCACGGUGAUGUCUUGAUGCUGCUGAGUCGCGUGGGUCUUUGUCAACGCCAGGCCCAGCUCUACCGAGGAGCACAGGCCAUGAUGAGCAGCACCGCUGGGGGAAGGAAGAGCCAAGGGUUCUCAAGUCCUGGAAUUCCACAGAGGCAGAGAGUGUAGAGACACCAAGGAGAAGCUUGUCUAACAUGAGGGACCCAUGGAGUUUUCAAGCUCUAGUAUGUAUUACAUCUGUAGCAAAGAUAGGUUGCAUUCAUAGAUUUCAGC